GGACUUUCCCUACACUCUCGGAUUUUGGUGACAAUUCCUAAACGUUCCUGGACUUACUAACUUCGGAUGCCAAGAUGCGCGCGCUCGCCUUGCUCCUGAUGCUGACCGUCCAGAUCCACGCGGACAGUAUGGAAAAUCCAACAGCGGGGUGCACUUUCGACGAGGACUCCGACCCGGGCCUAUGUGAGUACAGACAAGGCCAGGAGGAUGAUUUUGACUGGCAGCUGAUACGCACCUACAACUGGCCCCACCCAACGCCCGAUCUUCUCCGAGGUUCUUUUAUGAUGGUGAACUCCUCUCAGCACUACGGCGGCCAGCGCGCACAGCUCCUCCUGCUGCCCCUCAGCGAGAAUGACACCCACUGCAUCCAGUUCAGCUACUUCCUGUACAGCCGCGACGGUCACAGCCCAGGGAAUCUGCAGGUCUUCAUCCGCGUCAACAACGGCCCCAAAGGCUCGGCCGUGUGGAACAUCUCUGGAGCCCAGGGACGUCAGUGGCACCAGGUGGAACUGGCUGUGAGCACAUUCUGGCCCAGCGAGUACCAGGUCGUGUUCGAGGCCACCGUAUCCGAGGAGCGCCAGGGCUACAUCGCGCUGGACGACAUCAUGCUGCUCAAUUACCCCUGCUAUAAGGUGGCUCACUUCUCUCGGCUGGGCGAUGUGGAGGUGAACGCCGGGCAGAACGCCUCUUUCCAGUGCGUGGCCACGGGCAAAGUGUCCGAGUCCGAGCCCUUCCUGCUGGAGCGGAGAAAUGGCGUGGUCCUGGGCUUCCCCCUCCUCUCUCGCCUCAGCCACAAGCGUCUGAUGGCGACGUUCCAGGUGGAGGCGGAGCGCGGCGAGCAGGACCUGUACCGCUGUAUCACGUUGUCGCCAAGAGGGGCCGCUGUGUCCAACUUCGGAGAGCUCAUAGUUAGAGUGCCACCCACACCCAUCGCGCCCCCCCAGCUGCUGCGGGCCGGCCCCACGUACCUCAUCAUCCAGCUCAACACCAACUCCAUAGUGGGCGACGGGCCGGUGAUCCGCAGGGAGAUCCAGUACCGAGCCAGUCAGUCCACCUGGCUGGAGACUCACGGCGUGGGCUCUCUCACCUACAAAGUGUGGCACCUGGAGCCGGACACGGAGUACCACAUCAGCGUCCUCCUCACCCGGCCCGGGGAGGGGGGCACCGGAGCACCAGGGCCCCCCCUCAUCAGCAGGACCAAGUGUGCAGAGCCGAUGCGUGCCUUGCGAGGACUGACCGCCACAGAGAUCCAGCCUCGGCAGCUGUCUCUGCAGUGGGAACCUCUGGGAUACAACCUGACCCGCUGCCACACCUACACUCUCUCCCUGUGCUACCGCUACUCCAUGCCUACAGGGGGCAGCGGAGGGAACAACGCCACCGUGCGGGAGUGUCUUUCGGUGGAGAGAAACACGUCUCACUUCACCCUGAGGGACCUGCCUCCGUUCCGCUCGGUGCAUGUACGUCUGGCCCUGUCCAACCCGGAGGGCAAGAAGGAGAGCAGGGAGGUCACGUUCCAGACCGAGGAGGACAUUCCCGGGGGCAUUGCUCCGGAGUCGCUGACCUUCACCCCAUUGGACGACAUGAUCUUCCUCAAGUGGGAGGAGCCAGUGGAGCCCAACGGACUCAUCACACAGUAUGAGAUCAGCUACCAGAGCAUAGAGUCAUCUGAUCCCGGUAUCAACGUCCCGGGACCUCGCCGCACAGUGUCCAAGCUGCGCAAUGAGACGUACCACAUGUUCUCCGGCCUGCACCCGGGGACCACCUACCUGGUGUCUGUGAGGGCCAGGACCACCAAAGGCUUCGGACAGACCGCCCUCACCGAGAUCACCACCAAUAUCUCGGCUCCAGUGUUUGACUAUGAAGACGUCCCCUCUCCCCUGAGCGAGUCGGAGAGCACCAUCACGGUUCUGCUGAGGCCUGCCCUGGGACGAGGAGCUCCUGUCAGUGCGUACCAGGUGGUGGUGGUGGAGGAGGACGGCUCUCGGCAGGUGAAGAGGAGAGAGUUGGGCAGUUCAGACUGUUUUCCCAGCCCCAGCUCGCACACGGAGGCCCAGGCCAAACGGGCCCCCCACUACUACACGGCUGAACUGGCCCCCAGCAGCCUGCCCGAAGCCACCCCCUUCACUGUGGGAGACAACCACACCUACAACGGCUAUUGGAACAGUCCCCUGGACCCCACCAAGAACUACCUCAUCUAUUUCCAGGCCACCAGCAACUUCAGAGGGGAAACCCGGAUCAACUGCAUUCGGAUUGCUCGGAAAGCUGCCUGUAAGGACUCCAAACGUGCUCUGGAGGUGUCCCAGCACGCCGAGGACAUGGGCCUGAUUCUGGGCGCCUGUGCCGGAGGUCUGGUGGUCCUCAUCCUGCUGCUCGGAGCCAUCGUCAUCAUCGUCAAGAAGGGAAGGGACUUGUAUCCUUACCCUUAUUACCCCAGGAAGAAGGUGGCCAUCAACAAGGCGGCCAUGUCUUAUCGGCAAGAGAAGAAUCGCAAACUGAGCUCUCUGGACUGCAGCAUGACGGAACAGAGCACCCUCCAACAGGACGCCAGCCUGGCCCACUCCUUCCUCGACGCCCACGGGUGCAACGCUCGAAACGACCAGCGCAGCUCGGUGAAUGAGUCCAGCAGUCUCUUGGGUGGUUCUCCACAUCGCCACUGCCGCAGGAAGAGCUCGCCCUACCACACGGGGCAGCUCCACCCGGCCGUGAGGGUGGCCGACCUGCUUCAGCACAUCAACCAGAUGAAGACAGCGGAGGGCUAUGGCUUCAAGCAGGAGUAUGAGAGUUUUUUCGAUGGAUGGGAUGUCAAGAAGAAAGAUAAGACUAAAGGGCGGCAUGACACCUUGCUCAGCCAUGAUCGGCACAGGGUGAAAAUGCACUCCUUGCUGGCUGACCCGAGCUCCGAUUACGUCAACGCCAACUACAUCGAUAUUCGGAUAAACAGGGAAGGCUACCAGCGCUCCAACCACUUCAUCGCCACGCAAGGCCCAAAGCAGGACAUGAUCUACGACUUCUGGAGGAUGGUUUGGCAAGAGAACUGCUUCAGUAUCGUCAUGCUCACCAAGCUCGUGGAAGUGGGCAGGAUGAAGUGUUGCAAAUACUGGCCGGACGACACGGAAAUGUAUGGAGACAUAAAGAUCACCUUACUGAAGACGGAGACGCUGGCCGAGUACACAGUGCGGACCUUCGCCAUGGAGAGGAGAGGGUACCCGGCCAAACACGAGGUGUGCCAGUUCCACUUCACCUCGUGGCCUGAGCACGGCGUCCCGUAUCACGCCACAGGACUGCUGGCUUUUCUCCGGCGUGUCAAGGCCUCCACACCUCCAGACGCAGGGCCGGUGGUGGUCCACUGCAGUAUGGGUGCAGGUCGGACCGGGUGCUACAUAGUGCUGGACGUCAUGCUGGAUAUGGCCGAGUGUGAGGGAGUGGUCGACAUCUACAACUGUGUCAAGACCCUCUGCUCCAGACGCAUCAACAUGAUCCAGACAGAAGAGCAGUACGUGUUCAUCCAUGACGCCAUCUUGGAGGCGUGUCUGUGCGGAGAGACCGCCAUCCCCGUGAGCGAGUUCAGCCUCACCUACAAAGAGCUGCUCAAAGUGGACUCUCAGUCCAACACCUCACAGCUCAGGGAGGAGUUCCAGACCCUGAACUCGGUCACCCCUCACCUGGACGUGGAGGAGUGCAGUAUCUCCCUGAUGCCGAGGAAUCGCGAGAAGAACCGCAGCAUGGACGUCCUGCCCCCUGACCGCUCGCUGGCCUUCCUGGUGACCACCGAGGGGGAGAGCAGUAACUACAUCAACGCGGCGCUCGCAGACAGUUUCCUCCGGCCGGCGGCGUUCGUGGUCACCCCGCACCCUCUACCCGGGACAACCACAGACUUCUGGAGACUGGUGUACGACUACGGGUGCACCUCCAUUGUCAUGCUCAACCAGCUCAACCAGUCCAACUCGGCAUGGCCCUGUCUGCAGUACUGGCCCGAACCAGGACUCCAGCAGUUUGGACCAAUGACGGUAGAGCUGCUCUCCCGGACGGCGGAUGAUGAUGUCAUUAUAAGGCUCUUCAGAGUGCAGAAUAUCACCAGGGAUCUGGACGAGACUGACCUCUCAGAGCAGGACACCACUAGACUCUUACCCAAGCAGAUCCAGGAGGGACAGCUGGUGGUCCGUCACUUUCAGUUCCUGCGCUGGUCUCCGUAUCGGGACAUCCCAGACUCCAAGAAGGCCUUCCUCAGCCUGCUGGCCCAAGUGCACAACUGGCAGAGGGAGUGCGGAGAGGGCCGGACCGUAGUGCACUGCCUGAACGGAGGCGGCCGCAGCGGGACCUUCUGCGCCUGCACCAUGAUCCUGGAGAUGAUCCGACACCACAGCAUGGUCGACGUCUUCUUCGCCUCGAAAACUCUGCGCAACUCCAAGCCCAACAUGGUGGAGACUAUGGAGCAGUAUCGAUUCUGCUACGAGCUAGCGCAGGAGUACCUGGACUGCCUGGAGGCCAGAUAGCAACUUUACCCUCCUCCAAGUCCUCCUUCACCCAGGAGACACACCCCACCCCAGCUCUCUCACCCUGGCUCCGGGUGUGCUGGCUCCUCCACCCGCCUGUACAGCUCUGGUUGUGUCUUUUCCAUGCCGUAAUGCCAUACAGAUUGCUCCGAAAGCUCACUGGAACAAAACUUGUAUCAUACCACUGACACUAAAAACACAUUUAUAUUUCGCUCUUUCCUCCUGCAACCUCUUUUGUGCCACUUACAUCUUUGCCAAAAAUAACCAGAGGACACUUAACCAGGACUGGAGUUUUUUGCCUUGUCCGAACUAUCAGGCUAAACCCGCUGAACUCCUCAACGGCGGGUUUCAGAAGAGCUCCACUGUAUCCUGCCUUAUUGUGGACGAACACUGGACGCUAACAAGAAGCUAACGAGAUUCUAACUGGAAGCUAACGUGUAGCUAAUUGGAGGCUAACAUGUUGCCAAUUGAAAGCUAAUGAGUAUUUAACUGUAAGCAGAUGGGUUGCUAUCUGGAAGCUGAUGGAUAGCUAACUGAAAGGUAACUAAGCUAAAGCUAACGUCAACGACCCGGUGAUGUUCAUGUUUGUUUGUAACACUGUAAAUGGUGCAAUCUGCUGUCCCAUGUUGUACUGUACUAUAUUUGAAGAUUAUCGUGGCAAGAGGCUAUCCGAACGAGUUGAUGUCAGAGGGACAGAGGGGUGUACAUUGGAGUCGUCUUGGACCUACUUUGUUAAUUCUUAUUUAUUCUUGUUGUAAAUAGGUUGUUCUUUUCUCUCCUCGCCGGCGUGUUUUCGAGUUGUCCUUAAUGUGCCAAUCCAUGCGCUGUGUGUCUGUGAACGGGACCGCUCCAGCGUCUUGCAUGCCCAGUCUGAAAAGUGUGUUCUUUCCCCCCAUCGCACUAUGUGGCCCAAAGUGUGCUUCAGGAGGGAGAUUCCGUCAUCCGAAAUAACCGCGUGUCGCUGUGAGAAGCUGGCAAAGGCGUCGCUUUCUAAAUUUAUAUUUAUUCUAUGUGUUUUAUUUUCUAAAUAGUGUAAAAACAGAAAAGAAAUAAAGUAUGUUGUUGCUUAAAA